UUAGGGAAAUAAUUAUUUUGCGAAUUCGAGAGAAGCAUUUUAUUUUCACUCUUUUUUAUAUAAUUAUCUAUCGCAUCCCAAUCAAUCCAAUCAUCAAAAGUGUUAGAUGAGGUUGGUUGAAAAUUUUCUAAAUAUUUGUAUUAAAAUUAUAGAUUAAAUUUUUUACCAUCAUGGCUGGAUUGGUUCAGAUUAUUUUCAUUGUUAUCAAUGACAUUCUCUUUAGUGUAAAUACUAUUUUUAUUAUAAUUUAUAUCAAAAUGAUUGUUAAAAAUAUUCUGAUUUUCAUUUCCAAUAUAAUUUCCACUAGCACUACUAUUGCUUGACUGUCCAACAUCAUUUAUUGAAUUGUUUGAAUGGUUGUUGUUUUGUUGUGAUUUUAUUUGACAUUCCGUAUCUUUUUUGAA